AUGCACCUUGUGAAUCCUGAGCAGGUGGCCGUGGAAGAUGACCUCAGGCACCCACAUACGCUCCCUGCGGAGGAUGUCUUGGCCCAUUUCCACGUCAGCCUGGAGACGGGGCUUACCGGUAGUCAGGUGCUCCAACAGAGGCUACGGCAUGGCCCCAAUGCGCUGGCAGAGGAGGAGAAGAAGUCGCUGUGGAAGCUGAUCCUCGCACAGUUCGAAGAUUUGCUAGUGCGCAUCCUGCUUCUCUCUGCCAUGGUCUCUUUCUUCCUGGCUUUGGUUGACGAAAAGAGUGAGGAAGGGAUCACAGCAUUUGUGGAGCCGUUGGUCAUCCUUCUCAUCCUCAUCGCCAACGCAUUUGUGGGAGUCUGGCAAGAGUCCAAUGCUGAGAAGGCUCUGGAUGCGCUGAAGAGGCUUCAACCCGACACUGCUGCUGUCCUGCGCGACGGCUGUUGGACAACAAUAGAUGCUGUUGGCCUUGUCCCUGGGGACGUGGUGCAGGUCAAGGUGGGAGACAAAGUGCCAGCAGACGUACGGGUCGUGAAGCUGAACAGCACCACAAUCCGCGUCGAGCAGUCACAGCUGACAGGAGAGUCGCAGAGCGUCUCUAAAGACCCCACGGCCUGCUUGCCUUCAGAGACGAUCAUUCAGAGCAAGGUGAACAUGCUUUUCGCCUCCACGACCAUCUCCAACGGUGCCUGCAUUGGUGUUGUGACAGCGACUGGAAUGUCAACCGAAAUUGGUGCAAUCCAGGAUGCCGUCCAACUGGCUGCGGGUGAGGAGGAGCAAACGCCGCUGCAGCAAAAGCUGGAUGACUUCGGCAACUUGCUGGCCAAGGUCAUCUUUGUGAUAUGCGCUUUGGUUUGGAUGAUCAACUACAAGCACUUCUUUGACCCUGUUCAUGGAUCUGUAAUUCGCGGAUGCAUCUACUAUUUCAAGCAUCUCGGCUUCCGUUUGCUUCAGCUGGUUGUUGCAGAUGGCAUGUUGGAUUUGCGUUCUCCCUCGCUGGCUCCGUACUGCCGAAAGCUUGCCUGUGGGGCGUCCCCAGCGGACCUCACGUCUGGAGGGAGAAACUUGGAUUUGUGUUCGCUAAAUGAGCGGGGUGUCGCCAUGCUGGCGUUUCUGGUGGUUUUCCGUACAACGCAGGCGUACUCCAGAUACUGGGAAGGCGCUACGAGGCUGAAGCAGGUGAGAGGGGAGUGGUUCGGAGCCGCCUCCAGCCUGUUCGCUUUCUGCAGCAGGGAUCCGGAAAAGGAGGACCUUUCUUUGGCAGAAGUGCUGGUGCGCCUGGUGUCCAUGCUUUGGGCCACGGCGUUGGAGCAGCUUGCCGGUUGUGACCUGGGCUUUGAAGUUCUGGAUAUCUCUGGCCUGAGUUCUGAGUCAGUCGCAUACGUGCGGCAACAGGAAGACAAGUGCGAGGUCAUCCUGCAGUGGAUCCAAACUGCUGUGGUCAAUCACAUUGAUUCGCACGUUCUGGAUGUGCCUCCCCCGAUCAUCACCCGAGUCUUCCAGGAACUGUCGCGAGGGCGUGUGUCACUGGAGCAAGUGCAGACGAUCAUAGAUGUGUCCUUCCCCUUCCCAUAUGCGCAGAUGAUUGCUUUCGCCCUCAUGGCAAACAGCAUCAUCAUGCCCGUGCUCUGCGCCUCAGCAAUGGAUUCAGAAGCGUGGUGCUGGGCCAUCACCACCAUCAGCGUGACAGCUCUCUGGGGUGUGAACUACACAGCGGGUGAACUGGAGAACCCGUUCAACGAUGACUAUAACGAUUUGCCCCUCCGGGACUACUGCGAGGAGAUGAAUCGGAGCCUAGCUCGGCUGCUGCAGCCGCUGGUCUUCCAGUGCCCGGAUUUCACACCGGCAGACUUCAGCAUCAAGAGUCAGAACUGGGGCCUUGCCAACAGGACCGCUGUGGAGAGGGAUGUCAUGGCCAAGCGCGCUACAACUGCACAGCGGUCGCAGGUGACCUUGCGGCAGCGAUUUUUGCGCAGCCGCAAGAAGAAGGGUCAGGGUAGCAGAAGCCAAACCACCGUCGAACAGAGCAGCCUCCUCAACAUGGACGCUCCUUCUGCGCGGAGACUGCCUGAUGAUGAGCUGUCGGAGGCAGCCGAGCCAGCUGCCGAGGGUUCAGCAACGAGUGCUGAAUCAGCAGUGAUUGGCAAGCCGGCAGAUGAAGAAGCGGAACCAGGCGGAGAGGCCGUCAACAUCAAGGUCGAGCACAGCGAGCUGCCAGACGCUGCAGAUGCCAUUGUGGUUGAGGCUGUCGAGGCUAAGCAUACUCCUGCGCCAAAGGCUGCCCAGAAGAAGGUGUUGGCUGUAAAGAAACCAGGUGCAGAACCGAAGCGGAAACCAGCUGACGGCUCGUCCAGUUCAAAGGACCACGGACCGGGGGGGCUCUCAGCAGAAAAGCGUCACGUUGCAGCACAGCAGGCUCAGAACAUGCGGAUUGCCAUAGCCCUGGCAGUUGCCGCGAUUCCUGAAGGCUUACCCGCCGUGAUCACUACCUGCCUGGCUCUAGGCACAAGCGAGAUGGCCAAGAAGAACGCCAUUGUGCGCAGACUGCCUUCAGUGGAAACGUUGGGCUGCACUUCUGUUAUUUGUUCGGACAAGACUGGCACGCUCACUACAAACGAAAUGUGCUGCACACGAUUGGUUCUUCCUAUGUCGAGCUUGCAGAUGGGUACGUACGUUGUGGAGGGCCACAGCUAUGCGCCGAUGGGGCUGGUCCAGGGUUUGGCUGAGGUCGAUUGGCAGAAGCAGAGCAACCUGCAGGCCUUUGCGAAGAUCGCAGCGGUCUGCAACGAUUCCAGGUUGGAAGUUGAAGCGGGGUCCUUCCGCAGAAUGGGUGAGCCCACCGAGGCAGCUUUGCUGACUCUUGUGGAAAAGCUCGGCGUACCAGACCCGGUGCUACACGGGCGGUGCUGGCAGAGACCACGCGACCGCGGAGAUGCAAUGGCCUUCUGCAAGUACUGGACAUCAAGCCUUCUUAAGAAGGCAACCCUCGAGUUCACGCGCGACCGGAAGUCCAUGAGCGUGUUUUGCGCAGAGGCUUCGGGCGGCAUGCUUUACGUGAAAGGAGCUCCGGAGAGUAUUCUGGAGCGCUGCACUAGCAUUCUUCUGCCCAAUGGUUCUGUGGAAACGCUCUCCCCAGCUGGGCGACAGGCCAUCCGUGCCAGUUUCGCCAGCUUGGCUUCUGAAGCACUGCGGACUUUGGCCCUGGCACAGCGGCUAAGCCCCGAAGACCUCCUUACCUCCCAACUGCUUCGAGAUCCUGCCAACUUUGUCCAGGUGGAGACAGACCUCACGUUUGUGGGCCUUGUCGGGAUCAUUGACCCACCUCGGCCGGAAUGCCUGCGAGCCAUCCAGGAGUGCCGGCUGGCCGGCAUCAGUGUGGUGAUGAUCACCGGGGACAACAAAGGAACAGCAGAAGCAAUUGCCCGCAAGCUCGGCAUCUUGACGGGCGCAGACUCGCUCGCCCAGAAGUCCUUCACAGGAAAGGACUUUGAGAGCUUGGCGGACGGUGACAAGGUCAAGGUGCUGCAGCACAUCAUGACGGAGAGGGAUAUUGAAGGUGCUGUAUUCUCCAGGACAGAACCAAAGCAUAAGCAAAUGAUCGUAAAGAUCUUGAAGCAGAUUGGUGAGAUCGCUGCCAUGACGGGCGACGGCGUCAACGAUGCCCCUGCGCUGAAGCAGGCUGACAUUGGCAUCGCGAUGGGGAUGACUGGGACAGAAGUUGCCAAAGAAGCCGCCGACAUGGUUCUCGCCGAUGACAACUUCUCCACUAUAGUGGCUGCCGUGGAAGAAGGGAGAUCGAUUUACAACAACAUGAAGGCGUUCAUCCGCUACCUGAUCUCUUCGAACAUAGGAGAGGUCGUGUCCAUCUUCCUCACAGCAGCGCUUGGCAUUCCGGAAGGCUUGGCACCAGUGCAGCUGCUGUGGGUGAACCUGGUCACCGAUGGACUUCCUGCUACCGCUUUGGGCUUCAACCCUCCUGACCUUGACGUCAUGUACAGACCUCCAAGGCGUGCAGAUGACGGCUUGAUUUCUGGAUGGGUGUUCUUUCGAUAUAUGGUUAUCGGCAUCUACGUCGGAAUUGCAACUGUAGGGAUCUUCGUGUACUGGUACUGCUUUGACGACGGUCCCGACAGUCACACUUUGGUGAGCAUCUCUGAACUGAUGACCUGGAACACCUGUGCUGAAUGGCCGGACUUCUUGCCAAUGCCCUGUUUGGGCUUAACGUUUCACGGCGAUCCAUGCAGCUAUUUCACGACUGGGAAAGUGAAGGCGUCAACGCUUUCCCUGACUGUCCUGGUGAUUAUUGAGAUGCUAAAUGCAUUCAACGCGCUUUCGGAGGAUGGGUCCUUGCUCCAGAUGGCGCCCUGGACAAAUCCCUGGCUGGUGCUGGCCUGCUUGGGUUCUGUAAUGGUCCAUUUCGUCAUUCUGUACGUGCCCUUCCUGGCCAAAGUCUUUGCAGUAUGCCCUUUGGAUUGGCACGACUGGGUCCUGGUCAUGACAUUCUCAUUUCCCGUCAUUGUGGUAGACGAGAUCCUGAAGUUUUUUGGUCGCCAGUACCAACAAGACGGGGACGUCAGCAUCAAGCGAGAUUAA